AUGUCGCUCCGAUCCGGCGGCCGCCAGCUAUCCUUCGAGCUCCUCGCGGGCGACCUCACCGCCGACGACCCGGACGACAUCUCCCCGCGCUCUCUGCCCGACACCACAUCAGAUGGCCAGCGCCGGCGCAGGAGGCGGUCCAAGCGCAAGCGUGGGUUCCGGAGCCCCCCGAUCGACGAGGCGGCCUCGGAGGGGGAGCAGCAGCCGCGCGUGGAGGGCGGCGGCGACUCGGCCGCGGCGUUCAGGGUCCCAGGAUCUGAGAGGAGCGUCUCCGGGGCCGGGAGGGUGUUGGCGGCGUCCGCGGAUGAUGGGACCAGCAGCUGCGGCAGCAGCACGCGGGAGAGUGCAGCAGCUGCUGCGGCGGCGGUGGCGGAUGUGGCGGCCAUGGCGUGGCAGCCUGAGGCGAAUGGGGGCAUGAAGAAGAAGCUGGAGAAGGAGUCGUCGCUGGAUUGGGAGAAGUACAUGAAGGAUAAUAGCAACAUUCUCGGAGAAGUUGAGCGCCUUGAUAACUCACCAUUCAGAUAUUUCCUUGGGGAACUAUAUGGUGGUAAUUCACUAAGAAGCACAAUUGCAGUGGGCAAUGAGAAGAAGCGACAGCGGGUGUACAACACUAUGUUUCAUGUCCCAUGGAGAUGUGAGCGGGAAGUUUCGGCCCCAAAUGCUGCUGAUUUAUCAGAUUAUGGAUGUUUUGUAGUUCUAGCCCUUGGAGUUGCUUCUUUGCAAAUGAUAGAUAUUAGCUUAAUUUACCAUGUCAUUCGUGGUCAGGGCACGAUCAAGCUUUAUGUCGUAUACAACGUACUAGAGAUCUUUGACAAACUCUGUCAAUCAUUCGGUGAGGAUGUGCUGCAAGUUCUGUUCAACUCCGCUGAGGGGUUGUCAGCAUGCUCGACAGAUAAUGUGACAUUUGAACUGAUGCGGUUCAUUUUGGACGAGGCGAUAGCCGCGAUCACCCUGUCAACAUGUAUUAUUGCCCACAACAAUGCAUUAUUGGCUCUACUGGUAUCAAACAAUUUUGCUGAGAUAAAAAGUAAUGUAUUUAAGCGUGUUAGCAAAGAGAAUCUUCAUAGUUUGGUAUACUAUGACAUCAUUGAGCGAUUUCACAUCACGGCCUUUCUGCUAUUUGUUCUUGCUCAAAAUAUCUUGGAAGCAGAGGGUCCAUGGUUUGACAGCUUUCUUACUAAUGCAUCAUUGGUGUUUUUGUGUGAAGUACUUAUCGAUGCUAUCAAACAUUCAUUCCUUGCAAAAUUUAAUGAGAUAAAGCCAGUUGCUUAUUCAGAGUUUUUGGAAGAUCUUUGCAACCAGAUUUUGAAUGACAAAUCUGAUGACCAUAAGAAGGACCUAACAUUCAUCCCCCUUGCCCCAGCUUGUGUUGUAAUUCGUGUAUUGACCCCGGUAUAUGCUACCCUCCUUCCUGCUGGCCCAUUUAUCUGGAGAAUAUUCUGGAUUUUACUUUGGUCAGUUCUGACCUAUUUUAUGCUCGCCAUAUUCAAGACAAUCGUGGGAUUGAUACUGCGCUGCCUUGCAAAUUGGUAUGUAAAUCUACGGCUCACAAGAAAACAACAUGUGGAUUGA